UCUAAUGCCAGCUCCAGUACCUCUUUUUCUUCUUUCUCUACCCCUGACUCCUGUUGGUCCUUCUAAUGAAGGUAUGCUAGAGUAGCCGCCCACGAGCCACAUAUAUCUGUCACGUUUUAUUUUCUUGGUUCUUCCCAGGGUUGGGUUCGACAUCACCAAAACCUGUCCAGGACCGGACAUACACUUUGCACAGAACACGCAUCAGCGUAUAUUUAAAAAAGGACAUCCCUGAGGAUAAAAAUAGCUAUCCUCUAGCCCAUAGUUUGCAAAGCCUUUCCCAGGCUGGAUCUCAUCCUUGAACGUCCGAAGUGUUCCGCGAGGCCGAAGUCACUAUCGCCACUCUAUAGCCUUGGGAGCUGGGGAGGCUCGGCAGACCUGCUGACUGGGAACCGGUAUGGCCCCGACGCUGGGCAGCGGGCAGCGCUGGACGGAAGCUUACAUUGAUGCAGUUAGAAGAAACAAAUACCCAGAAGACAGACCUCCUGAGAGUCAUGACCCCUGUGGUUGCUGUAACUGCAUGAAGGCACAAAAGGAAAAGAAGUGUGAGAAUGAGUGGAAUCAGACCCGACAGGGUGAGGGGAAUGCCACUUAUACUGAGGAGCAAAUGCUUGGAGUACAAAGGAUCAAGAAAUGCAGAAAUUACUAUGAAAUUCUGGGGGUUUCACAAAAUGCCAGUGAUGAAGAGCUUAAGAAAGCUUACCGAAAACUUGCCCUGAAAUUUCAUCCUGACAAGAAUUGUGCUCCUGGAGCAACAGAUGCUUUCAAAGCAAUAGGAAAUGCCUUUGCAGUCCUGAGCAAUCCUGACAAGAGACUCCGCUAUGAUGAAUAUGGAGAUGAACAGGUGACUUUCACAGCCCCUCGAGCCAGACCUUAUAAUUAUUACAGGGACUUUGAAGCUGACAUCACUCCAGAAGAGCUGUUCAACGUCUUCUUUGGAGGACAUUUUCCUACUGGAAACAUUCAUAUGUUUUCAAAUGUGACAGAUGACACCCACUAUUACCGCCGGCGGCACCGACAUGAGAGGAUGCAGACCCGGAAGGAAGAGGAAGAAGAUAAGCCUCAGACUACAUAUUCUGCAUUUAUUCAGUUACUUCCAGUUCUGGUGAUUGUGAUUAUAUCUGUGAUUACUCAGCUGCUAGCUGCUAAUCCCCCAUAUAGUUUAUUCUAUAAAUCGACCUUGGGCUACACCAUUUCUAGAGAAACCCAGAACCUACAGGUGCCUUACUUUGUGGAUAAAAACUUUGACAAGGCCUACAGAGGAGCAUCUCUGCGUGACCUGGAGAAGACGAUAGAGAAGGAUUACAUUGAUUACAUCCAGACAAGUUGUUGGAAGGAGAAACAACAAAAGUCGGAGUUGACCAAUUUGGCAGGAUUAUACAGAGAUGAGCGAUUGAAACAGAAAGCAGAGUCGCUGAAGCUUGAAAACUGUGAAAAACUUUCCAAACUUAUUGGCCUACGCAGAGGUGGCUGAGAGGAUGAUAGUGCUACGCAGGCUGGGGGGUUUGCUACGUGUUACUCUUUAUGUUCCUAAUUCCAUUUUAUAAUACAAAAUUAGGAAAUGAUGAACAUU